AUGCCAGUGCUUCAUCGUCUGAUCGUUCAUCCCGACCUCCAGCGACAGGGCAUCGGACAGAAGUUGCUCGACUGGGGCAUCGAAAAGGCCGACCAAGAAAGCCUUGUUGCGUUUCUGUUUGCCCGACCUGCUGGUUCAAGGCUAUAUGAGCGGAACGGAUGGAAGACCAUUGCAGUGUUAGAUGUCGAGAUCCCAGACCCAGACAUCAAAAUGGCCCCAGGUCUGGCAAUGCUGCGGCUGCCGAGAUCGAAGCAGAGCUGA